AUGGCAGAAUGGCAUGACCCGUCAUGCCGCCGCCUAGACGUCUUCACCAGCGACGGCAUCUCCAGCUGCCUAAGCUGCGGCUCCGUCCAGCUCGACCUCGAAACACCCUCACCACCAAAAACAGACGACGAAAAAACAACAGACUCCGCCAUCUACAAGCCCCUGGAGUCCCAAACAGACAUUCGCCUCCUCACCCUGGAGCCAGGAGAAUUCGCAGACCCCAUCAGAUGCACCCUCGCCCUGAGCAGCACCGCCAGCAUGGUAGACUACGACGCAAUCUCCUACACCUGGGCGAGCGAGGACGGCGCCAUGGCCUGGACGCAGCCCAUCACCCUCGACGGCCGCGUCUUUCUCGUCACGGCCAACUGCGAGACGGCGCUGCGGCGCGUCCGGAGCCGCGGCGCGCAGAGGGUCGUCUGGAUCGACGCCGUCUGCAUGAACCAGCAGGACGUUGAGGAGAGGGGCCACCAGGUGCGCCUAAUGCCGCAGAUCUACUCCCGCGCGCAGCGCGUCCUCGUCUACGUUGGGGAACCGGUGCCCGAGGAGGAGGCGCUCUUCCGCUUCUUGGAUGACGAUCCGGACACCACGACCCUGUGCCCGGACCCGAACUUGUCUCGGCGGCUGUCGCUCCAGCAAGCGUUGGAGACGCUGCUUACGCGGCGAUACUUUUCGCGAGCAUGGAUCCUUCAGGAGGUGGCGCUGGCCAGGCGGGCGACGUUGAUCUGCGGGAGGUAUGAGAUGCCCUGGUCACGGCUCCAGAUCCCCUCACUGGCGGAUCGGGGCUUGCUCAUCAAUACGAAAGAGAAGCCGCGGCUGCUGAAUGUGCUGCAGUUGCCGUCCGUUUUGCAAUUCCGGGCGCCGGCAUACAGGGACUCGAGUGACCUGCUCCGGCUCCUGGACCUGGCGCGCAACAGCCAUGCCUCAGAUCCAAGGGACAAGCUGUUCGCCGUGUAUGGGCUUAUAUCUUGCGCGCAAAGCGAUGGAAUUGUAGCCGAUUAUACGAUGUCGACGAGGGAGGCGUAUAUGCAGAUGGCCAAGUGGAUUGCGCAGAGGUUUGGUAUCCCGGCGUUGCUGCUCAGGUCGUUUCACGUUGACGAGGUCGACGAUGAAUUGGAUGAGGUGGAUGGAAUGGGACAACAGGAGAAUCCUGAGAAGUUCAGAAUCCCCUCAUGGACGCCAAAUUGGACGCAUAAGCCCUCAUUGCGAGUGUUGCCAUUGCUUACAGAGAUGUAUGACGAGACAGCAGCGGGAUUUAGUCCAGUCGGCCUUCCGAUCAGUCUUGAGAUGGCUGCAGACUCCUUAGGAUUUCCAGCUUUGAAGCUGGGAAAGCUCUGUGAUGUCCUGAGCGAGUACGACGCUCAUGCAAGAAGGGCAAGUCCUCCAGGAUCAAUCGUUGCAGCCAAGCCAUGGCCAUAUACGGCAUUCAACAUGUCACAUCAAGGGAAGAAUAGGUCGUGUUACCAGAAGGCAUUCGCUUUUUGGACACAAGACCCAACGAACUCUCAGCGACCUCAAUUUCCCGAAGUUGAACAAUUGUUCACGAAGCUUCCGGGCGAGGAGUUCACGGCUGACGUUGCGGGACGGAAAGAAGAGUACCAGGACCUUCACGUAUAUCUAGCUCCCCAGGCGGAUGAACUCGAUGGUUUUUCCUUCGAGGAGCCAGGUAUUGUGUCGGUUUGUGUUGACAACUUAUCAUGCGUGUGGAUUCACGAUGGCCUCGAGAAACGGGUGACUGAAGGCCGGUUUAGCAAGUACGCGAUCUGCGCUAGAGACCUGGGUCGUGGAGAUAUUCGCAUCGCCGGGUUAUUGCAUAUGGACGGGCUAAUGGACGGUCUUGGCCACGAGGGCGUUUGGAAAAGUGGCCAAUUCGAAUAUGUGAACCUCGUCGGCGAGGACCUUGGAGCUUUCCCAGCGCGAGGUAACAAGCCGAGGCGCAGCGCGUAUUACUGGGAGCGUGAACAGGAACGCGAACGGUUAGCCCGAACUGGGGAACUUGAAGGCGUGGAUGUGACAGCUGCCACAAAUGGUCCCUAG